GUGUGUGUGUGUAUCUGUAGUGAUGGCAGAGAGAGCUCCACUGUCACCAAGGUUUUCUCCGUUGAACUGGUGGAUCCAAUCGACAGGAAGGAGAACGAGGACCAGCAGGUUCAGCCUCCGUCUUCUGCUGGCUCGUCACUCAGGCCUCCAGAGCCGAGGAUGAUGGGAAACUCUUCUCCUCGAUCGGCGCUUCGUUUCCUGAACCGUCGUCUCGGCUGUCCGACCGGACCCCAACAGACCGGAUCCCUCCCCCGUCUCCAGUCAGCGAGUCCAGGUGUGUUGAAGCAGCUGAACGGCACGCCGGCGUCCCGAAUCCACCGAGAGACCGACUUCCUGCGGUGUGCUCAGUGUUUGAGUUUCCGUCCUUCGGAUCCUUUCGCUCGUUUCUGUGCUCAGUGUGGCGCUGCAGUUCCUCCGGUACCUGAGCAGAGACUGCCCCCUGCUGAGAGAGGACAGAUGGUCUGCUGUGUGUUCUGUAACGCUCUGGUUCCUGCCAACACUCAGACCUGUUUGAUCUGUGAAGCCUCCGUCCAGCCUCAGUUACAACCUCAGGCCAGCCUCAAACUGCAGGACCAUGUGUUGUGUGUUUGCUGUGGAACCGGGAAUCCAGCUCACAUCUCCAGCUGUUUGACCUGCGAGAGCCGCCUGCGUGCGGUAACUCACACACACACACACACACACACACACACACACAAAGAGAAACCGCUAAAUCUGUGUGUCGGUGUCUCUGUUCUGCAGGUGGUGUGUGUGGGGACCAGCCCCCCCUCUGUCCGACCAGCAGACAGCAGGAUGCUGACCUGCUCCAGAUGUAAACGUUUAAACCGCGGUGAUGCCAGAUACUGCGACUGGUGCGGCUCAAAGCCCGGGCACGCAGCCAGCUGUGUGGUUUGUCGGCGCUGCGGAGCGAGCGGACACCCGUACGCCUUCUACUGCGCAGCCUGCGGCGUCUUCCAGGAAGCCCCGCCUACUUCCUGCAGUGACAUCACACCACCUGUCUGGGGCGCCGCCACAAAGCAGGCUUCAGCACCAACUUCCCAUGAUGCCACCUGGCAGGCCGUGCCCGUCUCUGGUCCCGUGGCUAACGCUAACGCCACCACCGAGCAGGCCACGCAGACUGUUGGACUCUAUUACCCAUCAGCCACUGAGCUGCGGAGGAAGGAGCAACAACAACUCAACAGGCAGCAGGUGACCAGAGAGCGCCAGCCGCUGCUGACCGCCAUCAGCCCCGGCAGAGGUUACUGGAGGAAGCAGUUGGAUCACGUGUGUGCUCACCUGAGGAGUUACGCUCAGAACAACGGUGCCUUCAGGGCCCUGCUGGGAGAGCCUCGGAUGGGCAGGAUGGUUUCUGCCGUGAUCCAGGAAGAUCGCUACGAGGUCAGCGUGACCGUCAGCUUUGUGUCGUCUGCACGGGAAGAACCACAGGUGGGUCCAGCAGCAGACGGUGCUGAUCCUGCAGGUCGGACCGAGACUCUGAGCAGCGUCACGGAGAGAUCUGCCGACAGCAGCGCUCUCAGAAGUGAUCGUUCCACAGCUCUGAUGAAAGCUCCCAAACCAAACCUGACACCCAAACCUCUGGUGAAGGACGUGCAGCUGCUGGCGGAGCUCGGUCCAGGUCGGGGUCUGAUCAACGUCGUGCAGCAGCUCCUGGAUCAGGGGGCGGACCCUUCCUGCUGCACCGGCGACGGCCGACACGCUCUGGCGGUUGCCGUGGUGAACGGUCACCAUGAUGUACUUCCUGUCUUAGUGCAGCGAGGCGCCGACGUCGACCAGCAGUCUGGACCGAUGAAGAACACAGCUCUGCAUGACGCUGCAGCUCUGGGAUCUGAAGGUCUGCAGUGUGCUCGGGUCCUGCUCAGCUGUCAGGCCGGUGUGCGGUGGAGGAACGGCGGCGGGCAGACAGCGUACGACGUGGCGGUGAACUCCGGCUGCAACGACAUGGUGUCUCUGCUGGCUGCUCGGACCGGACUGGACCUACUGGGAAAACUGGGAAAACUCAAACUGAACCUGGACGUUUUUUGAGAUCUGCCUUUGCUGGAUCUGAAACGUCCAGAUGUUGUUAUAAACACUUUUGAGAUUAUUAAAUAAAAAGUUGUCGUUAAA